UAUGCUCUAAAAAAUAGACUGAAUCUAAAACAAAUGAUAAAGAAGAUCAGCAUCUUUGUGAGCCAGAAACACUCCAGACAGUUCCUGAUAAGGAGGAAGAACCCAAGAUGAUAGAUGAACAGAAAUAUCUAAAGACUUGGAAGCAUGAAGGGACUAUUCUUUUUGCUGAUUUCGGAGCUAAAGUUAGUGAUAAAGUUGCAGGGUUUGAUAUGGACUCCACUCUUAUUACUACAAAGUCUGGUUUAAUGCUUGCAAAAGACUCAAGUGAUUGGGUCUGGUGGGAUGAGAAUGUGCCAAAGAAACUAUCAGAAAUCCAUGAGAAUGGAUUUAAGAUUGUAAUUUUUAGUAACAAAGCAGGAGUUGAAAUGGGUAGAAUCGAUCCCAUUGACCUUCAACAAAAGUUUACUCAAAUUUAUGAAAGUCUAAAGGUCCCAUUCCAAAUUAUUUGAGCUACUUCUAAGGAUGCUAACCACAAGCCAAGCAUUGGAAUGUGGAAAUACUUUGUGAGUAAUUGCAAUGAUGGCAUCGAGCCUGAUAAAUCCCAAUCAUUCUAUUGUGGAGACUCUGCUGGAAGGCCAAAGAGAAAAGAUAAAAAUAAAGAUUUCAGUUAUUGUGACAGACAGUUUGCAAUGAAUCUUGGAGUUCAAUUCUAUACUCCAGAGAUGUACUUUCAAGAAUUGGAGGAGAUACUUCCUCCUCUUGAAUUUGAUACCAACACUUUAAAAUCUUUGGAAGGACAAUCACCUACUGAAGAGGAAGAAAAAUACACUAGUGAAGCACAGGAAGUUGUUGUUUUUGUUGGAGCUCCUGGGUCUGGGAAAUCAACUUUUUGGAAAAAUUACUUAAAAGAUUAUGUUCGAGUCAAUAAUGAAAUUCUCAAGACAAAACAAAAGUGUAUUGAGGCAGCCAGGAAAAUUUUAAAGGAAGGUAAAAGCUGUGUCAUUGAUAAUACAAACCCGAAGAUUGAAGCAAGAUCAGAUUAUAUUUCGAUUGCUGAAGAAUUUAAAGUUCCUUGUAGAGCAUUCUAUUUUAACACAGAUAAAAACAUUUGCAUGCAUAACAAUGAGCAAAGAAGUAUAAAUCCAAACAGAAAUCAUCUAUCAAAAAAGACUCCACGUUUGAUCAUCAAUGUCUUCUUUAAAAAUUGUGUGGUUCCAACUCAAAGUGAAGGAUUCACAGAGGUCAAAGUCAUCAAUUUUAUUCCAGGACCAUUUGAAAGUGAUGAUGAUAAAGAGACUUAUUACACUUAUUAGAUUUUAUCAGGAAAUCACAUUGUCA